AACAUUUUUUUAUCAGUGAUAAACUAUUGGGACACUAAACUAUUCAUGCGUUCUUGAUUAUGUUUCAUCUGCCUCUUCACUUCUGGGAUACCAUGGCAACUAUGAUCCUCGUUGACUUUCAAACCUGCUUCAUCUUGAUCCUCCUCUGCUUCUUCUCACUCCUCUGUUAUUCUCUCUUCUUCAAGAAACAAAAGAACUCACCAGGCUAUGAUCUGCCUCUGAGCCCUCCGUCUCUUCCGAUCAUCGGUCAUCUCCACCUUCUCCUUUCUUCUCUAACCCACAAGUCUCUACAGAAACUCUCCUCCAAGUACGGACCUCUCCUCCAUAUCCGCAUCUUCAACGUCCCCAUCAUUCUCGUCUCCUCUGCCUCAGUGGCCUACGAGAUCUUCAAGUCCCACGACGUGAACGUCUCCUCUCGCGGUGUUGCUGCCAUCGAUGAAUCGCUCGUGUUUGGAUCUUCCGGUAUUAUCCACGCUCCUUAUGGAGAUUACUGGAAGUUCAUGAAGAAGUUCAUCGCCACUAAGCUGCUCCGACCAGAUGCACUCGAGAGGUCACGAGGUAUCCGUGCUGAAGAGCUACAUCGAUUUUAUAGCAGCCUUCUCGAUAAGGCAAGGAAGAAUGAGAGUGUCGAGAUCAGUAAAGAAGCGAUGAAGUUUAUAAACAACACGUUGUGCAGGAUGAGCAUGGGAAGGAGUUUUUCAGAGGAGAACGGUGAGGCGGAGAGAGUCAGGGGGUUGGUGGUUGAAUCAUAUAACUUGACGAAGAAGAUGUUCCUGGCCUCUUUAUUGCGUAGACCGCUCAAGAAACUUGGAAUCCCAUUAUUCAAGAAAGAGAUAAUGAGUGUUUCUGACAGACUUGAUGAGCUGCUAGAAAGUAUUCUUGUGGAACACAGAGAGGAGCUGGACAUGAACCAUCAAGAUAAGGAUAUGAUGGACGUGUUGUUGGCAGCUUACAGAGACGAGGAGGCGGAGUAUAAGAUAACUAUGAAUCAAAUCAAGGCGUUUUUCGUGGAGCUUUUUGUUGGAGCCACUGAUACCUCGGUGCAAACAACUCAGUGGACAAUGGCUGAGAUCAUUAGUAAUCCUAACGUUCUUGAGAGACUCAGAGAGGAGAUCGAUUCGGCUGUAGGGAGUUCAAGGUUGAUUCAAGAAACAGAUUUACCAAAUCUUCCUUAUUUGCAAGCAGUGGUUAAAGAAGGACUAAGAUUACACCCGCCUGGUCCACUUCUAGUAAGGACGUUCCAAGAAAGAUGUGAGAUAAAAGGGUAUUACAUACCAGAGAAGACAAGACUUGUUAUCAAUGCUUAUGCUGUGAUGAGAGAUCCUGAUUCUUGGGAAGAUCCUGACGAGUUUAAGCCUGAGAGGUUUCUAAGUACUAAAGAAGAGGAGAAAGAGCUAGUACUUAAGUACCUUCCUUUUGGAGGCGGAAGGAGAGGAUGUCCUGGAGGAAAUCUAUCUCAAAUAUUCGUAGGAACCGCGAUAGGUGUGAUGGUGCAAUGCUUUGAAUGGAAAAUAGAAGGAGGUAAGGUCAACAUGGAAGAGGGUUUUGAAGGAAUGAACCUAAGCAUGGCGCAUCCGCUUAAGUGUGUUCCAGUUGCUAGACCUCAAACUCUUUCUUUUACUUCCAAUUUGUAAAUUUUCAGCUCCUGACAUUCCACUCUGUAACAUGGUGGGAGUUAGUUUGCCUCCAUAUGUAUUAGUUCAUCUUCUUCAAAUUAAUACAUCAAUAACAUCUUGUUGUA